AGAACGCCGUGUACACCUUUGGGCUGGGACAAUUCGGUCAGCUGGGGCUUGGCACUUUUAUUUUUGAAACUUCAGAACCCACAGUCAUUGAGCAUAUUAAGGAUCAGAAAAUAAGCUAUAUUUCCUGUGGAGAGAAUCAUACAGCUUUAAUAACAGAUACAGGUCUUAUGUAUACUUUUGGAGAUGGUCGACAUGGAAAAUUAGGACUUGGACUGGAGAAUUUUACCAAUCAGUUCGUUCCCACUUUGUGCUGUAGUUUUAGGAGGUUUAUAGUUCAAUUGGUUGCUUGUGGUGGCUGUCACAUGCUGGUUUUUGCCACUCCACGACUUGGUGUGGUAGAAGAACUUGAGUUAGAUGAAAUAAAAGAUCCUUACUUACCUGCAGCGGCUUCUCUACCCAUCAGUGAUCUGACCUCAGGAGGCACACUUGAGAGAACUUUAUCAGCCCGCGUGCGGCGAAGAGAGAGGGAGAAAUCCCCAGAUUCUAUUCAAAUGACACGAACACUAUCUACAGUGGAAAGGACUCCUGUACCACCUGUUUGUGUUUCCCCCCAUCCAAUUCCUUUCCAUAUGUCUGCAAAAAAUCUGCCAGAAAAAAUGAUACCUGCAAAGGCGUGCCUCUUGCAGCCAGUGGAACCAGUCUCUGCCGGGCCGGGACAGCCACCAAUGUACGCGUGCGCAUUAAGGGGCAUCACGGCUCCGCCUGGCCGCCCCUCCCUUCCGGGCCACCAGAGGGCGCGCGGCUUCUAA